AAAGAUGAACCGCUCAUUUGCAGUCGAACAUUGUGAAUUUCUGAAACAGAGAGUGCAGAAUAUAGUAGACACUUGAAACACCCAAUGCAAAUUUUAGCGCGAAUAAAGCAAAAGCAAUGCUCUCUUUUGCUUUGCUUCAUCCAAACCCACAAUUCUGUUUCCACUACCAAAACUCAAUCCCCAAACUCCUCAAACCCCAAUUUCAAUCCCUCUAUUUUUCAACAAAAUUACUGAGUAACAGUAAACCCUGGUUCUCCUGCUCAUCAUCCUCAUCAUCAUUAUCAUCAUCGUUGUCGUCGGCAUCAUCUUGUUCGUUGAUUGGUGAUGAUUUUGAGGUGGAAUUGGGUCGGUUACUUGCUUUAUUACCUGAGGAGAUGCGACGAGGAGUUAGUGAGCAUCCUGAGUUUUCUAACUUAAUUGAGGUUGUUAUGGAUUUGGGUCGUAAGCCACUUGCUAGAUUCCCUUCUGGUGAUUUUAUCUUGUCGGAUCAUCCGAUUACGUUGGAUGAUCUUCAACAAGCUACCUCCCAGGUUGGUGACUUUGCAGUUGACAAUAGAGCUGGCAUUAGCAGAACUUUACACCGAAUUAGUGCUAUUAGAAACCGGAAAGGUCAAAUUAUUGGUUUAACUUGUCGAGUUGGUCGUGCAAUAUCCGGAAGUGCCAACUCAUUGCGAGACCUAGUUAAAGAAGGUGCUUCUUUGUUGCUCAUUGGUCCUCCUGGAGUAGGAAAAACAACUAUUAUCAGGGACAUAGCCAGGAUGCUUGCAAAUGAUUAUGGGAAGCGUGUAAUGAUUGUUGACACCUCUAAUGAAAUUGGUGGGGAUGGUGAUAUACCUCACGCGGGAAUAGGUAAUGCUCGACGGAUGCAAGUUCCACACACUGAUAUGCAACACAAGGUGCUGAUAGAAGCAGUGGAAAAUCACAUGCCACAAGUGAUUGUAAUCGAUGAGAUUGGAACUAAGCUUGAGGCAAUGGCUGCAAGCACCAUUGCACAACGAGGAAUUCAAUUAGUUGCAACUGCUCAUGGAGUAACGAUAGAUAAUUUAGUAAUGAAUCCUGCUUUAGAGAUGCUGGUUGGAGGAGUACAGAGUGUAACUCUUGGGGAUGAAGAGGCAAGCAGGAGAGGCGUUCAGAAAUCUGUACUGGAGAGGAAAGGUCCAUCAUCUUUUAGCUGUGGGGUUGAGAUAAUCUCCAAGACAGAAUUGAGAGUUCACCCUGAUUUAGAAGCAACAGUCGAUGCAAUUCUUGCAGGACGUUACCCGAGAUAUGAAACUCGCAAGAUAAAUCCAGGAUCACAGGAUGGAAUAAUAGAAAGUUCAUCCAUCCAAGCACCAUUAGAUGAGAGAGAUGAAGUUUUGGUUGAAGAUAUUAUCCAGAUGAAUGGAGGUAUACCUGGUUCUACUGAGCUCAUCUCAGCAAUAGAUUCGACCGUGGAAGGAGGUUCCGGUGAAAGGGAGGAUGCCCUUUGCAUUUUUCUAUAUGGGAUCUCAGAGGCAAGUGUGAUGCAAGGGAUGAAACAGCUAAACAUCGACGAUGCCAUUGAGUUUACUGAUAAUAUCAGCGAAGCGGAUGUGCUACUUGCUCUGCAGUCGAAGCUUAAAAAAAAUUCUCGGAUUCAAGCAGCUGCAAGAUCUCACGGCAUUCCUAUUUAUGUGACAAAGACAAGCUCUUCAACACAGUUGACAAAGGCUAUGCAGGCAUUAAUCAGUGAUUUUGCUGAUGGCUUUGAGUUUCUCGAAUCUGAAGCUAAGACGAAUGAGUCUGAAAAGAUUGAUGCAUUGGAGGAAAACGUGGAGGUUCCGGUGAAGUCAUUGGCCUGAAACAUAUCUGCUGUACCAUCUUGUCAUGCUGUGUGAGGACAUCUGAUGUUUGCAAUGAAACAAAAGAUAAAGUGGACUUCAACUUAGGAUUCACCAAGUGUAUGUUAAAAAAAAUUGUGUUUUCAUCUCAGACUAAGAAAGGAAGCCUUGGCACAACGGUAAAAAUUGCCGAUAGGAGUGGUAAACGGGCAGGUCAGAUCGGAUAUGGGCGGGUUGAAAACGGGUAUCCGAUCCAACCAUAUUUAACACGGAUACAAAAUGGAUGAAUCGGUGGAAAAUAUGGAUAUUCAUAUUAGCCAUGGGCUUCAGGAAUAGUCAGGUGAGAACACAAGCUAAAAGCCAAAGUAAACUUGGACUCUCAGAAAGCAAGAACUCAUGAAAAAUAACAAUUAGAAAAAUGGGUGUUGAUAAUAUAGAUACCCAGAUUAUCCAUCUGGAUAUCCAUUUUUUUAGUGGAUAAUAUGGAUAAUAUCCAUAUUUAAUCCAUUUUUAAAAAGUCGAUUAUUCAACCCAUAUCUAAUGGGUUGGAUUGGAUGGUUACUUAUUUUUUGUAACCAUUUUGCCAGCCCUAGUUGCCACGUGUCAUGAGGUCACGGGUUCAAGCUGUGGAAGCGGCCUCUUGCAAAAAUGCAAGGUAAGGCAGUAUACAUAAGACCAAUGUGGUCCAGCCCUUCCCGGACCCUGGGCAUAGUAGAAGCUGAAUGCACCGUGCUGCCCUUUUUUACUUUUCAUUUUGGACCAAGGCAUCAGCUCUUUGCAACAGAAAAGAGAUAGAAAUUUCCAUUCAGACUAAUGUUUCAAAUGUUUUUGUGAAGUGCCUUGUUGCAUAAGGUCCCAUCUGAAGGUGGAGCAUUCCACAAAUACGUUAUCCUGUUAGCUUUAAUCUAAUGCAGAAUACUGAAGGAGUGUGAGCAUUUAGAUUAAGGUCAUAGGGCGCUCUAUUGUACCUGUUCUUCUUUGCAAAUUAUACAAGCGUAGUUAGCCAACAGAUCCAAGAAAAAUAUCAACUUGCUAAUAUUCGUCCAAAAAAAUCAACUAAUUGAUGCACAAACCUUUUCUUUUUCUUAUCACGAAAUGGAGUGUGUCACCAUUUGCUAUUUGCACUCUAGUUACUAGAACAUUACUGUGAAAACUAAAUAGUAAUACUUCGCGAUGUUGUUAAUGGGAGGGUAGUGGCUACAUCUAAUGCUUAGUUCAGGAUAUGUUGAAGAAUAAUUCAAAGUUGAACGAAACCCAAUUUGUUUAGGAUUUGAUAUUUGUUAAUUUUAUUAAUUUGUGUUUCAAUAGAAUUUGUAGUCAAAUUGAUAAGGACUAGGUUGUCCAGUUUCUAUAAAGAGGUUCCAUACUAUUACAGCUAGGGGUGUUGCUAGCUAAUCUCAUGUAGUAGAUAACUAUAGAGCACAUUCAAAAAUUUAUGAGUUCUGAAUAAAUUAUUUUCCUUCAGCAUAAUUAUUUCUUUAAUCGAAAUUGAACUGAUAUUCCUUAGCUCAACUAAUAAAACAGAAGAAACUAAACAGGGAAAGGAAAAGCACUAAUCAACAAAGGAAAAGAAUGAUUGCCGCCGUAAUGGAUCUAGCAUUGUAUUUACAUAAUCACCAAACAAUAUCAUUGUUGUCUUUGGCUUUAAAACCCGUGUGUGGAUUUUGUGCGAUGAGUUU